AAACCAUUUCUCUGGAGUAUGACAGCAUCUUUUUUUCUCAAGAGAGUUGACGGGUGAGACCCCCUUUCCUAGCUGGUUCCAUAAGAAGACUGCUGAUGGCAUCACCGCACAGCCUCUCCUCUGCUCCAGGCCACUCUGACAGCCACUCCACGUCUUUUGAGAAAGAUGUCCGUGUGACUGCAAGCCAGGCAGCUCUGAAAACCGUGUAUCUUUUACAGAUGGGAGUUGGGUCUCUGGCCAAUGGCCUUCUUUUUUUCUACCACAUCUCUCCUGUCUUAUUUGGACACAAGAAGAGACCCACAGACACGAUUCUCACCCAUAUAGCUGUUUCCAACCUUUUGGUUCUUCUCUCCUCGGGGAUCCCCCACACAAUGGCAGCUUUCAUUUCAGGGAGGCCCCUGUCUCCUCUAGGGUGUAAAUGUGUGUACUAUUUACAGAAAGUGGCUCACAGCACCUCCCUGUGCUCCACCUGCGUCCUGAGCACCUAUCAGUCCUUCACUCUCACCCCUGGGAGAGAAGGGAGGUCACUGCUCAGGGGAAGAGCCCCCAGGCUCACAGGUUCUUUCUGCUGCACCUGUUGGAUAUUCAGUGUUUUAAUGUACAUUUAUGUUCCUGUGAAAAUCACUGCUUCACCGAACAGACACAAUUAUACUGAUACGCAGGGUGAUUGGUUCUGCUCAUCCUCAAGUCCCAAUGCAGGGAUUGUCGUCCUGUGGUCCACCUCGGAUGCCGUGUUUAUUGGCCUCAUGAUCUGGUCCUGUGGCUCCAUGGUGCUUCUCCUGCACAGACACCGCCAGAGGGUGCAGUAUAUCCACACCCCCACUGGGCACCACAGACGCCCGCCAGAGACCAGAGCCGCCCACACCACCCUGAUGCUGGUGGUCACCUUUGUCGUCUUCUAUGUGGUGACUUCUAUUCUUGCUUUUUAUAUCACUGCCUUUUUUGAUUUUCGACAAUGGUUGAUACAGACCUCUGAUGUCUUGCUUUCCUGUUUUCCCACCAUUUCUCCCUUCCUGCUGCUCCUCAGGGAUCCUAGAACUGCUAGGAUCUGCUCUUGAGGUGUCAGCAGGUAUGACUCAAGUUCUCACCUUAAAUUUAUUGUCUUUAGCAGACAGCUUGAAUUUUAACAGAAAUUAUCCUGUAACUAAUCAGUACCAAGUUUUUUAAUUGAGUCAUAAUGAAGAAGUAAUGUUACAUUAGUCAUAAUAAAUAAGUAAUAUUACACCAUAUGGAUACUUGUAUUUGU